UUUGUAGUUAGUCUAUUAUUAACUACCGAAGACAAAGCAUUAAAAAAUGUAUCCAAACAACGUCGAUCGAGUACCUCCAACGAAUCUGAAUUGGUGCGAAUACAACCAAAAAAACAAGCCUCAAGGGAAUGCCGUGGCAACAGAGGUUAUGUUAUCAUUUUCUUCUGGAAUAAUUCUUGCUACGAUUUUGUUCACGGGAGACUUGAAACGCGACGAAUGGGUUGAAAAUCACUCAAAUACCUUCAUUCUCAUGUCAGCAGUGUCAUUUUUCGCGGGCGCCAUUAUCGGAGCGGUGAUCGCGAGUUAUCUGGUCAAAAUUGCGCCAAAAAAGAAGAUCAAACAUGUGCCAAUUGUCGCAUUUUACCUCACUGGGAUCCUUUUGGCGUCACUUCCGGACAACGCUUCGAUCAUCAUGGUAGCGAGAAUUCUCAGUGGGAUCGGAUACGGAUUCAUUCAGUUGACAUUUAUCGUUCAUUGCAGCGAAGUAAGUGUCAAUAGGUUACGCGGGAUGUUUUUGAAUACUUUCAAUUUGUGCCUUGGGGCAGGAAUGAUCGUCGGAUCAGCUUUCAUGAUGACGAACCAAACAAACACUGGAUUAGCGCAUUAUCGAUGCUUUGGGAUCUUUAUGAUCGUUUAUACGUGUUUGGCGCAUAUUUUCUUGUUUUGUUUCAAUAUCGAGUCGCCCGUUUUGCUGCUUCAAAAUGGCGAUGUUGUGACAGCGACACAAAACAUGAUGAAAUUGAGAAAUGAGAGCAUGGAAACCUGGGAUAUUCGGAACGAUAUUUCGGAAUUUAAGGCGAUGCUCGUCGAAGACAGUCAAUGCGAUAAGCAAAUUUGGACAAAUGGGAAUUCCAGACCAUUGUUAAUUCUUAUCUGUACUAAAGUGUUGCUCGUGUUAUCGUUCAACUAUCCACUCAACAUGCUGCGGAUCAAUACGGUCGACGGAUUUUUCAAGCUUGCAGAUUUUUCGAUGGCUGGAAUGUUUUUGCUCAGUUUGAGACUGAUUAUCGCUUGUUUCACUUUAUUCACAGUUGAUCGUUUCGGGCGAAGAUUUCAUCUUUUAUAUGGCGGCGUCAGUGCUGGAGCAAUCGCCAUUUUGUUUUCCGUUUUUCUCUUUCUCUUUGGCGUCAAUGAGGGAACUUUAAUUACUCCGACGAUUUUUUGUUUUCUUUUUGAGACGCUGCCCGUGUUCAUGUAUGGCGUUUCUGACACGCUCAGCGGCGAAGCUUUUCCAAUCGUGAAAAAGCCACAAUCGAUCGCUUUUUUAAUAGUUAUUGAGAAUAUUGUGCAAGCGAUUUUGUUGGUAUCGACGUAUCAUUUGUUGUUUGACGUCAGGGCAACAAAUUUAGGAGAUUUUUACGCGGUUCCUUUGGUUUUGGGACUCGCAUUGUUGCUUGUGACGUACGUGUGCUUUAAGUAUGUGCCUGAAACUACGAAACUAUCGAUUAGAGAGACGAAGAAUUUGUUCCGUGGAUCACCGCAAACGACAAUUGCCGGUAUUUGGUACAGUGCUUGAUGAUUAGAUCUUUAAUUGUUGAUAAGAAAUUAAUUUUAGAAUGAACGAAAAUAAACGAAAUUAUUUUUAUAUA